AUGUAUCGUCUUAAAAGCGUUCUUGAGAUUCCAUUAAAGGACAGCGUUGAAAAUGUUGGAAUUUCAUCAAUGAGAGCUGCUACCCGUCAAGUGAACGACUUCUGUAUUGAUAUUUGGAAUUUAACACAGCGCUGGGAGGAAUUGAAUCGACAAAGUGUUGAAAUCGUCGAACGGCUUGUCAAUAACCGUCUUCGAUUAGCUUAUUCGAGAAAUGAAAUUAAUUUUGAGAAUUUAAUGGAAUAUUCUUAUGAAGACGACAAUAGUUUACUGUUAAAUUCACCUACAAGUAUUGUUGAAUUUGGUAAUGGUAAUCGAAAAUUUUCAGCGGAUGAAAGGGAUUUAAUUAUUGAAUCGGUAAUUGUUGAUUCGAAUAAAUUAGUUGCGAUAAUUGAAGAAAAUUUCUCUAAAAUUUUGGAAAAGUUGCGAACAGCAGAGCGGAGAUUACAGAGUACAAAGGAGCAUUUGAUUCUCUCUUCGCCGCAUGAUUCUUCUUCCACCGAAGAAUACAGAAAAUUGGAUGAAAUGAAAGAAAUACUUCCUGCUCUCAUAAAUAUGUAUAAUGAUGAGUUUAUGAUUAAACGUGCAUCGAUGAAAGAUCUUGCUAUAUGUCAUGAGCGUAAUUUAUUAAUGACAAUAGUUGCAACAUGGCUUCAUCAACCAUUUUUGGAACAAUUGGACUUGGACAGUCUUCCAGAUGAUGGAGAAGAAGUUUUGUCGAUUCUUAGAGGCGAGAAUGCUGCCCUCCACUUCUGGGUCGAUAUCGCUUUAGCUUACUAUCGACGUGGUAAUGAAGUGGAUUUUGUUCGAAUUUUGGAAGCAAGUGGAUCUGAGGCGAGCCUUGAUUAUCCUGAUUAUCCACGAGAUCAAAUGCAUGCUCUGGAUACCCUUGCUGCAUAUUAUGUUAUCCAGAGUCAUAAGGAGAAAAAUAAGGAUAAAAAGAAAGAAUGGCAAACAAAAGCAACUCUUCUUUACACAACGGCAGACAAAAUUAUUAUGUACGACACUUAUCACUUGCUUGGUCGUGCGUAUUUUUGUCUCCUUGAGGGAAAAAUUGAGCAAGCUGAACAACAGUUUAAUUUCGUCUUGAAUCAGGUUGGAGAAAAUAUUCCCGCAACAUUGGGAAAGGCUUGCAUUUUUUUUCAAAAGAAGGAAUAUCGGAAAGCUUUGAAUUGCUACAAAAGUGUUUUACGCAAAAAACAUGACUGUCCUGCUUCAAUUCGACUUGGGAUUGGUUAUUGUUUAUCGAAAUUAGGCCGAAUUGAUAAAGCAAGAUUAGCUUUUGAGCGAGUUCUUGAAUUAGACUCUGAUAACGCAUCAGCAUUGGUCGCUCUUGCGAUUCUUGAUAUGAAUACUUUGGAAAGUGAUGGAAUACAGAAAGGAGUAAAUUCACUUGGCAAAGCUUAUCAGUUAGAAAAUGAAAAUCCCGUUGUGUUAAAUCAUCUCGCUAACCACUUUUUCUUUAAAAAAGAUUUGGACCGAGUUGAGCAUCUAGCAUGGCAUGCUUUUCAAUUAACCGAAAAUGAAGCUAUGCGAGCGGAAAGUUGUUACCAACUUGCUCGCAGUUUUCAUUUACGUGGAAAUUAUGAAAAAGCUUUUCAACAUUAUUAUCAAGCAACACAGUUUGCUAGUUCAAAUUUCGUUUUACCAUAUUUCGGUUUGGGUCAGAUGUAUAUUCAUCGCGAGGAUUAUGAUAAUGCAAUUUCAUGUUUUGAAAAGGUUCUCAAAUUGUACCCUACGAAUUAUGAUACUUUAAAAAUGCUUGGCUCGUUAUAUGCUCAUUCUGAACCAGCCAAUCAAAAAGAGCGAAAUGAACGACGCGAUAAAGCAAGAUCGAUUUUGAAAAAAGUCAUGGAAAUGUGUCCUGAUGAUGUUGAAGCAUUGAUUGAUUGGGCACAAUUAGUUGAGAAUAUCGAUCCACAGAGAUCGUUAGACGCUUAUAUUAAAGCCUCUAAUAUCCUACAACAAACUCUUGGUGUGGAUGUUCCUCCAGAAAUAACCAAUAAUAUUGCUUGUUUAUACUUUUUAAUGGGCAAAUAUGAGGCAGCAAAAAAGCAUUUUGAAGAAGCAGCUGAAAAAUUGACCGCAGAGGCGGCUGACCAUAAUGAAUUCAAAUCGAUUAAUACAACUAUUACGUAUAAUAGAGCUCGAUGCCUUGAAAUGUUAUGCUAUUUCGAGGAAGCAGAACGUCUUUACAAAAAUAUUUUACACGAAAAGCCAAAUUACAUCGAUUGCUACAUGAGAUUGGGAUGUCUUGCGCGUGAUAAAGGUCAAAUUUAUGAGUCCUCUGUUUGGUUUAAGGAAGGUAUCAGUGUGAAUCAAACACAUGCUGAUGCUUGGUCCCUUAUGGGAAAUUUACAUUUGUCCAAAAAUGAAUGGGCCCCUGCUCAGAAAAAAUUCGAAUACAUAUUGAAACUAAAUGAACAUCAUGAUGAUCCAUAUAGUUUCGUGGCAUUAGGUAAUAUAUGGCUUGAAUCUUUAUCAUCACCGAUGCGAAGGAAAGAAAAGGACAAGGACCAUCGAGAACGCGCUUUAUUGAUGUAUAGCAAAGCUUUGAAAAUUCAUCCAAAGAAUAUCUGGGCGGCAAACGGCAUUGGUUGCAUACUCGCCCAGAAAGGAGCCAUUCAAGAAGCCCGCGAUAUUUUUGCGCAAGUUCGCGAAGCAACUGCUGAUUUCCGUGAUGUUUGGAUAAAUAUUGCUCAUGUUUAUAUGGAACAAAAGCAAUAUGUCGCGGCAAUUCAAAUGUACAAAAAUUGUGUGAAAAAAUUCAGGAGGCAUAGCGAUGCCACACUGCUUCAGUAUUUAGCUCGAGCUUACUACAAGGCAGGCAAACUAAUUGAAUGUCGGCAAAUACUUGAAAAGAUAACUUGUCUUGCACCAGAUGUCAUCGUGGUUAAAUUUAAUCAUGCUUUUGUAUUGCAAAAGUUGGCAACACAAAUUUUGAAAAAUGAUAAAUCUACAUUAGAAAUGGUUGUAGGGGCAGUGGACGAUUUGAAGAUUGCUGAAAAAAUAUUCAAUUUUAUAUCAAAUUGUAAAGAUGAAUUAAUGGGACAAGCGCGGUUAGUAAGUCGUACAGCAUCUGCAGCAGAAGCUCGUGCAUGCAGUGAUCUACUUAAGCAGGCUCAGACAUAUCUUCAACGAGCUAAGGCGCAAGAUGAAGAAGAUCAAAGAUUGCGUCAGAGGCAGGAAGAAGAAAGGCAAGCAUUAAAAAGGAAGCAGGAAGAGGAAAUGAAAGAAAGGGAAGAAAAGGCACGACGCGAACUAGAAACGUUAAAACAAAUGCGGCAAGAAUUUGUGGAAAAAACUAAAGAAAUACUUCGUCUUCCUGCAGUUGUGGAACCGAAGCGACCACGUGGAACUGGAAGUACUCGUAGACGAAAAGAUCGUGGUGAUGGUGAUGACUUUGUUAAUGAUGGUAGCGAUUUGGGAGAUUGGGUUGAAGGAGGAGAAACACGAAAGAAAAAGAGCAGUGAUCGAAAGAAAAUGCGAAGGAAGCAUCGCGAAAUGCGAGAGCAGUCUAGCGCUGAGAGUGAAGGAGAAGCUAAUGAUGAGCGAAAACAAAGGAAGGAACAGAGGACUAAAAAAAGGAGAAGAAAUGAACAAAAACGAGAAUUUGAACUCAGCAAUAAACAAAAAUCUAAAAUUAAAAGUCGGGAAUUUUUGCCUUCUGAUGUUGAUAGUUCCGAUGAGGAUGAUGUAAAAGUAUCCGAUGCUGCUAAAGAAGAAUCAAGUGACGGUGGAUUUCUUGAUGCACAACAGCAAGAACGCGGUUCUGGUGAUAUUACGACUGAUAAUUCCAUUCGUCAUUCAUCUUCCAAUGAAGACGAAGAAGAGUAA